AUGUCACCCACGACCCUCCACCAGGGCGCGACAAAGGGCUUCGCCGACGCCGCCACCUACGACGCCUACCGGCCCUCGUACCCGCCCGGGGCGACGCAGAGAUUCCUCUCGCAUCUGCGCCUCGCCGACGUCCCGCACGCCCGGGUCCUGGACCUCGCGGCGGGCACGGGCAAGAUGACCGAGGUGCUGGCGGCGCGGCACGAGGGGUUCGAGGUUGUGGCUGUCGAGCCGCACGAGGGCAUGCGCGCAGAGCUCGAGAGGAAGGGGCUGUCCGGGGUUGAGGUGAAGGACGGGUUCGCGUCCAGGCUGCCGCUGGACGAGGAGUGGGGGGAUGGCGCCAUCGUUGCCCAGACAUGGAAAUGGUGCAUGCCUCCUGACUCAUAUCGAACAACUAGGUUUGCAACGCCAGAGUCACUGAAGGAGAUCCACCGCGUCCUGAAGCCGACCGCCGUGCUGGGCCUGAUCUGGAACAUUGAGGAUUACAACAAGCCGCAGCACUGGGAGGCCAGCACGCCGUGGGAGAAGGCUCUCAACGAGCUCGUUUUCAGCCUCGGCUCCGACGGCCAGCCGCGGUUCCGCGACUUCGUCUGGAAGGACGUGUUUGACAGCCAGCUCGACUCGAACCCGCUGCGCGCCGUCAAGGACGUCGUACUUGAGGGCGGCCGCAAGAUGCCCCUGUUCUCGGUGCCCGUCGGCGAGGAGAAGGUGCCGUUCACGACGUGGCUGACGCCCGAGGCCAUAUGGAAUCGGCUGCGGACGCUGAGCCAAGUCGCAGUGCUCCAAGGAGAGGCCGCGGGCGCGUUCAAGGCGCGGUUCGACGCCAUUCUGGGUGGCGAGAGCGUGGAGAGGAACGAGAGGGGGGAGGUUGCGCUGCACGGGGUCACGUACUUUGCGUGGACUUCGAGGCUGUAG